AUGCCUGUCGACUUCCCAUUCCUCCCCUCACCUACGAAACUGCCUACCAUUACAAAGUCCCUCCAAGCUUCGUACACUCGCUUGAUCAACAAUGAAGUCAUAGAAGCCACAAAAAUGACAGAUAAGAAAUCUAAGCCCCGCAAAGUAGACUUUAUUUGCCGGGGCCGCGAGUUCGGUCGUUUUAUACGGGCCCAUCGCAACCCGGCUAAUUCUUAUGGUUUUGACAAGACAGAUGCUGCUUGGAUCAAAAAGUACUGCCCUGAGUCAGGUGCGGAUGAUAAUGAGAGGGAAUAUGACAAGAAAUGGGUUACGAAUCCUGUGUCUUUGUCAACUACUCGAAGUCACUGGAGAAAGCGUAUACAGGAAUUAGAUAACCAGGAGGCUUCGCCGGCGGAGACAUUUGAUCCGGAAAAUCUUUUCACAAGUCCACGUUCAGUUGGGGUACCUCGAUAUGCCCAACAGACAGCCGCUAGCUCAAGCAAAAACCCCGUGACACCCCCAAAGACACGCACGUCUGACACCGGGCAAGCUGCAGCGUCUUCUGAUGGGAUGUCGGGGGCGUUUCCUGACAAUCCCAUCAUCCAGAGACGUCAAGAGACGGCCAACGCCGUCAACAUUGUCGCGCCCAAACCUUUACGGUCGAGAACCCUAACCGAAGAGUGGAUUCAGCCGGGUGAUGAGCCAGAGCUUCAAGGUCUACAGGAGCUGGAUAAGGCCACUGAUCAUCCAGUCCUAGGCUCAGAAUAUCAUCAGACCGCACCUUUAGCCCACGGUCUUGAGCCACAUGAUAAUGCAAGUGCUGUCUUUGAAUAUCAGCUACGCCAUGCUACUACACAUAUCCCGUUGAACGAGACCUAUUUAGCCAAGGCAACAUGGAGAACGCUGAAUGAUCAGCAGCACCCUCCAAACUUGAUGGCCCAGAGCGGAUCGCUCACAGACAGGAUGGACAAAGAUACCAAAACACAGGACCAUCAGUCAUCCCGAGCGGCUUCUGCUAUGCCCGCAACAUCCUGGAAUCAAGCAAGCCUUGAGAUAAGCCAGACAAACCCCCCAGCUCGCCAGGGAUCUAUCGUAUUUUCGCCCCAGACAGACUCACGUGUCGUGCCUCGAGGGUCGAGGCUCCCUCCUGCACCGAAAAACCAAGAGGCGGCUCCAUAUUGGGUGGAGAUGCCCCAGCGAUCUAUUCCAACAGCACACCAUACGGACCCUCCAUCCUUUCAGCUGCGGCAACGCCAUCAUAUCAACCCCCAAGACUUCACAUCACCCUUGUCUACAUCUACACAUGGCCAGGAGUCUCAACACCUUCCACUAGUGCAGUGGUACAUCGAGCACCGUCGUGCAAACCCCCAUAUAAUAAUCCCAAGCACUGCAACACAGGAGAUUGUGAACUCUCUUAACUCGGGACCCCAAGACCGCCAAACUCAAAGUCAAAGGCGAAGUCGCGAUCCAAGUCCAAGAGCCGUCACAGACGGGAGAAAUCGCGCCAUGAACCAUCGCCAGAAUCAAGCUCUAGCGAUGAAGAGCAACGGAAGUCUCGCCCUCGCGGAUCACGCCAACGACGAGACAAGGAGGAAAGGAAGAGCCGAUCAAGAUCGAUACGGUACCAGGAUGAAGAACGCGAAUUGCGAAUUGGAAGAGUUGGAGAAGAACUUUUCUAAGCGUGAGAGGCGUGGUAAGAAGGAGAGUGACGGAGAAAAGGAAAAGAAACGCAGUCAGAGUAUACAUAGGCGCUGA